GUAAAAGGAUAGCCGAAUUAACCGGCCAACACGUAGAGGAAGUACCAUAUUCACCCGCGAAGCGCGUUCCAUUCGGGCGAAGGCCUAUAGCCCUAGAUGAACAAAAAACUUUGUUGGCACAACCAUCGCGUAAUGAUUUGGCAAUAGCCAUAUAUAAAAUUGAGCAGAGAGGGGAAAAUCCCACAGCACAGCGGAUAAGCGAGUAUUUCGGCACUUAUCAACCGUACGCUGUGCAGUCUAUGAUUCGUGCGAUGUACGAAGCUUCACAAAUAACCCGUCGUUAUAAUGGCGAAACUUCGCCGUCCUAUUAUUUUGGUCGUAAAGGACUGUCCUUUCUGCAGCGAGUGCAAUUCGAGAAAGUCCCCCAGUGGGAUGAAAUCGUUAUAAAAACGAUUGCAGAAAUUGCCGACCCUUCGGGAUCGUCGCCUGACGAAAUCAUACAGUAUAUUACCACUAGAUGGAGGAAUUACCGUACGCCUAUGCGCCAAUGCGCUCCUGCAAUCGCUGUUUAAAUAAUACGAAUAACCGUAAAUGCGUGGAAUGCACGCUGGGACCCAACUACCGAUCGGAUAAUCCGCAAGUCGUUGUCUCCCGAUUGUUUGACGAAGUACUCAUGCGCAGCCUGGAUGCGUAUCGCACCAUAACGCUGCCGGAGUAUUGGACGGUAGUCUGUGCCACGCCAUAUUACUAUAAUGGCAUCUACAAGAGUGCCGUUAGGUUUAUUGGCGAUCAAGCUGAUGAAUGGUCGUGUGCGACACACCCGGAGAACUUCGGACGGAAUACCGCUAAUCUGAUGCAAUGCAUCGCUGCACCAUCGAAUCAGAAUUAUCCGACGAGUGUCGGUGGACAGCAAAUGCCGUCUCAACAACCAGCAUACGGCCAAUGGCAGCCGUCGGUUGUGUUUUCACCGCAACAUCAGCAGCAAAGUCUGCCGGGAUAUCAGCCACAAAUGCAGCAAACACAAACACCUAUUCGUUAUACGAAUAUGGCGCUGCAAGUACCACCGGGCGCAUUGCCUCCAGAGCAUAUUGCUCAUCUUCAGCAGAGCCUCCCCAGCGGAAGCUACCAGUAUGAUCCAGAGACGAAAAUGAUAACUCCGUGUCCAUGGCCAGCCGGGACAGCACCGAAAGAACCCCCACAGCGGCAAACUAAUCCGCUGUUAGCGAAUCUUCCGCCGCUGACCAGGAAACCGCCAGUGAAUCAACAACCGCCUUUACAAUUGCUGCGAGUGCAGCCUGUACCUAUAUUUCCGCAAUGGACCGCGAUCAGCGACCGAACCGACCGGUUGGCAGAGGUAAUCCUCGAUUCUUCGCCCCACCCGUAGCGGGAAAUCAAGCAUACCGCCCGAUACAGCGAUUCGCUGCCCCGAGUGUCCAGAACGCUCAAAGCGCCGAGAUGGAGGAAUUACCGUACGCCUAUGCGCCAAUGCGCUCCUGCAAUCGCUGUUUAAAUAAUACGAAUAACCGUAAAUGCGUGGAAUGCACGCUGGGACCCAACUACCGAUCGGAUAAUCCGCAAGUCGUUGUCUCCCGAUUGUUUGACGAAGUACUCAUGCGCAGCCUGGAUGCGUAUCGCACCAUAACGCUGCCGGAGUAUUGGACGGUAGUCUGUGCCACGCCAUAUUACUAUAAUGGCAUCUACAAGAGUGCCGUUAGGUUUAUUGGCGAUCAAGCUGAUGAAUGGUCGUGUGCGACACACCCGGAGAACUUCGGACGGAAUACCGCUAAUCUGAUGCAAUGCAUCGCUGCACCAUCGAAUCAGAAUUAUCCGACGAGUGUCGGUGGACAGCAAAUGCCGUCUCAACAGCCAGCAUACGGCCAAUGGCAGCCGUCGGUUAUGUUUUCACCGCAACAUCAGCAGCAAAGUCUGCCGGGAUAUCAGCCACAAAUGCAGCAAACACAAACACCUAUUCGUUAUACGAAUAUGGCGCUGCAAGUACCACCGGGCGCAUUGCCUCCAGAGCAUAUUGCUCACCUGCAACAGAGUCUUCCUAGUGGAAGCUACCAGUAUGAUCCAGAGACGAAAACGAUAACUCCGUGUCCAUGGCCAGCCGGGACAGCACCGAAAGAACCCCCACAGCGGCAAACUAAUCCGCUGUUAGCGAAUCUUCCGCCGCUGACCAGGAAACCGCCAGUGAAUCAACAACCGCCUUUACAAUUGCUGCGAGUGCAGCCUGUACCUGUAAGUGAACCAGUUUUCGAUUCCGAGCCGAACUCAGGUGCUAGUCAUUCUAGCAACACUAGCAAUGCUAGUGGCAAAACUCGCCAUAAAAUUACUUACAAUUUACCGAAUGUGGGGAAAACCCCAGAUAAUUCUUUUGAAGAAGGCGAUAUUAUGCCCGGUAAGCUGAAUGCAGCUGUUAAAUUUCAGAGGAAGAAGGCAGCAAAUUGGAACAUCCGCGCAACGCGCGAUAAAUCAACACCGUAUAAACCGGAUGCAUCUGUGUUGGUGAUGCCUGAAAGGCAAACACAUCCACAAUACAUCCGCCGCGAUAUCGACGUUAUUCGUCGUGAUUUGGAGUUAUAUGUGGAUCGUGUUGUGUCAGUAAUUGGCACAGUUAAUACCGACCAAAGAGCCGAAAUUGGCAAAGCCAUUAUUGACACUUUGGAUUUACUCCAUACUAUCGGAUAUGAUCUCCGUAUUAAGAACUCGAUCAAUAUGUAUAAGAUUGAUCUGUUCCGUCAGAUGGAGAUUAGGCGAUACGAAACGCCACGCCGUCAUGGACUGCGUAGCGCGCUGGAUAUUUCCCAGCUGAAGGAGAAACUUAUCGAAAUUACCGUAGUAGAUUGGGAAUUAAUUUCCCAGUUUAAAAUCUUAUACACCGAACAACCGGAGGAAUUUCUCCUGCAGUUCAUCCUACCGGACACGGAUCCAGCAAAGUUCUGGUUUUUCUGCCGUGCCGCGUGUGCAAUACAGCGAAAAGUUGCCCCCAUGAAAAUUACAUGGGAUACGAUUAAUAUCGGAUGGGGACUUAAGAAGUAUAUUCUGGUCAUCCUCUCCGCGCUAAUGGGCAAUUGCCACGCUCACCACUGGGCCCGCACAUACCGGCAGGAGGAACAGAAUCGUCGAUUAAAAAGCUACGUUAAUCGCUUGGGCGAGCCUCUAAAUGAGGAACAACAAGCGAAAGUCUUAAAUGACAUUCUGGGUGUGAUGCAAGUCGACGGACUGAAGACCGAAUCAAUCCAUAAUGGAUACUAUGACGGGAUCUAUGAUCUCAUUAAGCGAUUUGCUGACCGUCAAAGUCAGGGGAAGCGCAAAGUCGCCCCAAAUUCUCCCGACACUCCAACGACCAGCAAGACAGUCCAACCUGAACCGAAGAAAACCGUAGUGUCAAUGGACACUGAAGAAACUGACGAAACGCCGGAGACAGCUAAUGCUGCACCAGUAAUUGCAGAGAACACUGCAACCGUACCGCCGACUGUGAAUACCGAAUCUGCAGUGAUCACUGCGCCACCUAGCGAAAUUCCGCGAACGGAUGUCGUGGCGUCGGUGGAAUCACUGACGAUUUCAGGAAGCGCGCAGAAACUCCUGGAAGAAGCAGUAAUGGAGACGGAUGAGAAGCCGUCUAUAGAGAACAAUUUUCUCUAUCCAUCCCGCCAAGCCCUGCGGGACAGGCAGUACGAACUGGAAGCAAUGGGCCAGGGUUCGACCUUUACCGAUGUGGACCACUUGAUUUUCGCGGUACACAUACCGGAUAACGAUACCGACCCGUUGUAUUAUCCAGGAGGAAAUGGAGGAGCGGAUAUGUUGGAUGAUAGUGCCGACAUUAAGACUACGUCUGCCGUAUUGAGCAACGCUCUUAACGUACUAAAUGCCGAACCGCAGAUGGAAACGCCGUAAAAGCAUUAAAUGCUAAAAAUUAAAUCGCCGUAGUACACUGUGUGUAUACCGGAAUUGAAAUCGCCGUAUUGUACUAUGAGUACACAACUUCAUGUUAAUCGCCGUAGUGCACAAUGAGUCGCAAAAUUAACAUUGUUAAAUCGCCGUACAGUACAACGAGUACAAAACGAAAAGGCCGUAACGCCCAACGAGUGCACCAGAUUGAAUUCAUUUCAAUCCUUACAAAAUGAAUCGCCGUAGAUGCACAAAUCAGUGCAUAAUACUUGGUUAAAGAACUGCCGUAGUGCAUUAAUUGCAGGAAAACGGAUAAAUCAAAUCGCCGUAGAUGCACUAUGUUGCACAUAUGUCGUGGAUCGACGCUACAAAGCGUAUAAUUGGAGGAAAACUCCGGAAUGGAACCUGCAAAACUAACACGGAUUAACGUGUGCGAUUUUGGAAAUAACCGGAAUGGGAAUUUAACGGAUUCUGUUACGAGUAUAAACUCGUUUUGAUUAAAUUUACGCCGCAUUUGCCGCGUCUUGUUCUCACUAACUGUGAUGAAAUAAUUGGCACAUUUUUUUUUUAUAUAAGAAUUUCUCAUUAUGUUGCAUAUAAGAUGCGUUUUUUCAUUUCUCAUUCCUGUUUUGAGCCUCAAGGGGCUUCGGCAUCCCGUCCCGUGGCAUGUCAGAGUGCCGUGCAUAUAGCACAGGGUAGUGGCACAUAUGCCUCACCAUCAUUGGAUCGGCUCGCCAUAUGCCAGCUUUCUCAAACACGACGGAACGUGUUUGCCAUUCGGAUGCCAGCAUCGGAACCGUUAACAUCGUUUCCUAGCUUUCCUUGGUUUCAUGCCCUUUUUCUCACCUUUAGAGAUUUGUUUUGAUGCUGAUUAGCAUUUAUUUCAUUGAAAUAAAAGCGAUUAUUUCGAGGAGAUGUUGUUUCCGUUGUCAUUUCUCUGUACAGCGUAGACGCUUCUCCGAGACUAGUGAGUCAGUGACUAGGAAGUCGGAAGUGUGUGUAGGGCCUAUGUACAGCACUUCGUACUUUAAUACGUAUGCAAUAUGCUCAAAAAGUAA